AUGGUGUUUGUCAUUCUAGGCCUGGAUACCUGGAAGCCAUCGGAGAACUUCGAUCUCACUGCUGUACGUUCAGGUGAAGAGGAAUUGAACGUAUUCGAGAUGAUGAUGACCCCAAGAGUAAACGAGCUGCAGCGGAUCAUAGCAGGUCAGGCGCUAUUGCAAACUGGAAGUCACCUUUCAACGAAUUCGCCCUUCAUCGCUGCCACAUCCGCUGUUGUCACCUGGGUGUCAUCCACCGCUAUGGCCACCGAAAACCCAAGAGAGCAAAUAGCGUCUGUGUUGUGUGCCUCUUUGGUCUCAGCUUAUCGGUAUUUUGCUGCAUCUACCGCCGCCGCCGCUGCUUCCUCCUCACCACUUCAAUUCGACGCUCUCACUGAGGACAGCGCCAUCAGUCUAGCUCCCACUUGUCCCAAUACCCCAGCUCCACCUCAGCAUUCCUUCAGAAAGAACUUCUUUGCCAAGUAA